AGUGUAUUUUCAAACGCCGUGACGUUGUUACCCGGUCUGCUAUUUCAAAUUUGUGCGCGAAAAUACGGAAAAUAGAAACGUGAAGCCGGUGUGUGAUGCUCGUGAAUAUUUUCGAGGCGCUCCACAUUGAUUAUAGUUCACUUUUAAAUUUCGGAAAAUAAGGUGCUUGAAAGGAAGUGACCUCUUGGAUAAUUUUGACCUUCUUAUCUCCAAAGAUACCAGUCAGACGAUUAGAAAAAGAAUGAAUUUUGUUUUUUGUUAUUCUAUUGGAAAAUGUGUGUUGUAAUUAUAGUGUUGUGUACAAUGCAAAUUUGAUUGUGUGCCAAAAGAGAGAGUGGAUUUUUGUUUGAAAAUUGUGCGAUACGGAUAUUUUCUAUUUACCAUGGAACUUAAAGUAUUGUGUUGUGUUAUAAUUGUUAUUCAAGGAGUAGUUUCUCUACAUCUCGUUGACUUGAGGAUACCGAGUCACGCAGUUCGGAAUCAGAGUGCGAAACUCGAGUGUCAUUUUGAACUGGACGGCGAAACGCUUUACUCUGUCAAGUGGUAUAAAGACGGAAACGAGUUUUAUCGUUAUGUCCCGCGAGACAUGCCUCCUACUCAGACUUUUCCGCUUCCUGGAGUUUCAGUCGAUAUGCACAAUUCGACAGAAAGUGUUGUUGUUUUGUCAUCAGUUCAAUUAUCAUCCACUGGUUUGUACAGAUGCGAAGUAUCCGGCGAAGCUCCUUUCUUUGAAACUGUAACCGAUCAUCAAAAAAUGACAGUUGUUGCUCUUCCAGAGGAAGGUCCAAAAAUAACAGGUGGACGUCCUCGCUAUCAAGUAGGCGACACCGUUCGUGUGAAUUGCACAUCAGGAAAAUCAAAACCAGCGGCGCAGCUCAAUUGGAUGAUAAACGGGGAACCAGCGGAUCCAAAAUUUUUGAUAGGACCUGAAAUAAUAGUUUUAGGUCGAGAAGGUCUGGAAUCGUCUGUUUUGGGUCUGGAAUUCGUUGUACGACACAAGCACUUCAAAAGAGGAAACAUGAAGUUGAAAUGUUUGGCAACAAUAGCCACACUUUAUCUCGUAAGUAACGAGGAAAGCGUUGAAGGAGAGAGGCCUCAAAAAGCCUCGGUGUUAGAAAGUCGAGGGACUGCAGCUCCUUCUGGAUCCAGAGCCGACAGGGUGCAAGCUACCUCCAGUCAACGAGCGUACUUUUUAAACGCAAUGCUGCUGACACUUUGCUCUAUUUCGGUAUACAUGUCUUCUUUAUCUUUGAGAUAAUUUUUCAGUCAUUUACACAAUGUGACGACGUUGAUCGUUUACGAAAAUAAAAACGCCAAAGACACUGAAAUUGUGAGUAAGAGAGUUUUUUGAUUAUUCGCUUUGAACAUUCCCUUUGUAAAUUUUCAGUUUGUUCCUUUCAUCAGUGUAGUUUCAUAUGGCACUAAAUUGUUUCCAUUGUAACAUUUUUUCUAUGUGAGAACGUACGAAAUCAUUUUUUCCAAACAACAUAAAAAAUAAACACAAACUGUUCAUUAAAUAAAAACUUUAAUUGGAAUACUAUCAUACAAUAUGUCAUCAUUUUCAGUUCUAUAACCUCUUUAUAUUGAGACAACGAUUAUAUAAGCCAUGUUUUUAGCUAUUUUCACAUUUUUUAGUUUUAUUGGUGGAAGAAAAUUCGACAUAAUGAAUAAUUCUUUGAAAAAAUCGUUUGUGAAUAUUUCAAAAGAAUUCAAAGAAUCUUUCACUGCACAAACAACGAUUUUAUAAGGCGGUCUAAUUUAAAAAUUUCAUGGAACCUAUCAAAAACUUAUUUUUGGAAUUAUAUUGUAAUCGGCUUCCGGAACUAGGUCACUAGACUUACAAGAAAAAGUACACGUAGUUAUUUUUUUAUCUAAAUUGAUAUAUUUUAAGGAAAGAAACGGAUACAAUUUGCCUCUUUGGCAUCCAAUUUUUUGUCACAAUUUAACAAUUAGUCCAUCCAUUAUUACGUUACGCAGAUAAUACGUUGGUCAUAAUACAUUAUAAUAAAAAUAUAAUGAAUGGAGUGAAACUAUUUACUAUUUAUAAACCACGUAUUUUUUUACCGAUAACAUCAAAAACAUUAACAUUUCAUGAUGUAUGCACUUCAUCUAAAAGACCUAUGAUGUUAUUAAAUGAAAAAACAACAAAGCAUUACAGCAAAUGUUCAAAAGUAUUUCCCACAGAUUCUAUACUAAACUACAAAACGCGAUACAAGCUACAACGCGAAUGCGUUUUUCGAACCCACAGAUCGUGUUUGAUAAACCAAACCUUAUCAAACAGAAAUAUUUCUGGUGACCUGGGAGGCCAAGCUGUUUAUGAGAAGUAACUUUAUUCUAUUGUUAGAGAGUUGUAUUUAGUUGUGCCAAAGGAAUGUCUUCCAUGAAUUCAGGGGAUUUAUGUAAAGGAAAAUGUGAAUAUCUUUCUCAUUUUCACAAUUUCAAUGAGCCCAAUGUGAAUUUUUGUUUAGCCAAUAAAGCACAUCAAAAGUAUUUACCAUAUUAUUGUUAAGAAAGCGGCUUCCUGCCUCCAUAUAAUUUAAUAAAAUUAUAGACAAUAUCCACAUUAGGGAAAUAAAAUCCAAUCAAUACGAUUUAGUCUUUGAACCGAAUUAAUUUUGUUCUUUAGUCUUCAUGUACUUUUGGUUUCCGUUCCGUUUUCAUCAGCUAUUUUUUAUAAAAUAUGGUGGUUUAAACCAAUAUAUACAUGGAAAUCAAAAUAGUAUCUCACAAGAUUUAGGUGUGUUGUAUAAGAGGCACCAUGUCAGCUACCUGACGACGUUAGAUAAACUGACCUGAGCAUUUUUCUAACAUAUCCAUCAGAAACAAGCAGUAUGUAAAUUUAUUCGUCUCAAAUCGAUGUAAACGGCAUUGUAGAUACUUAUAUCUAUUAUUUUUCAAUUGAUAUUUGUCGAUAGUGGAUACUGUUGAAUUACUGUUAUCAAUUAUAUGACUAUCUCUUGACAAUUUUUAUCAACAGGAAUGUAGGCACUUUUUAUUUUCAUAAUUCAGUAGAGUAGAAACACCACUAAAUGUUUUUGAUGUUAUGGUUGAAAAUAUAAUAAAAGGUAUGUCAUAUGUUUAUAUUCAAAAUAGAAUAACACGCAAUUUUUAAUAAGUGAUAGAUACCUAUCUCAUUCUCACAAUCACCUUUUAUCCACAAUUUGUGACUUACCAUCCAAAAGUGAUAAAGAAAACUUUAUCAUGCAAGUGAGUAAACGAAAAAUUACAAUCUUAAAUCGUCUCAUUAAACUUAUGUAAUAAUUAUAUUCUCGUCAAUAAUAAUGAACAUUUUGUUAUUUACUACAUUCUUAGACUAUUUAACACAAAUUAACAAAACAUUCUUUCCAAGAAUACUUUGAAAUAGUAUCCAUGAUAACUCAAGUCUGCGUAAUGUCUACAACGAAAACUUUUUGGAACGACAGCAAACCAUGAAAGGCAACGCUUUUCAAAACUAAGAGAAUUCCUUGGCAUUCCAUGAAGUUUUUGGUUUGAGUCAUAAAUAUCUUGUUUGAGUUGAGUUUAUAAUAGAAAUUUCUAUUUCAUCAUUAUUCUCGCUUUUUGUUUUCCGAUUCAUCAAUUUUAAAUUAUACAGUGCUGGCCAAAGCUACGAUAAAGUGGCUACUCACAUUUCUUCUAGUCAGAUCACGUUAUCACUAUCCUGUGGUAUCACAGUAGAAGAAACAAAAGUGACUGACGUAAAUUUUGAGCCCGCGGUCAUACCAAUUACAGCUCCCGUAUAUUAUAUUUCACUUUAGGUACGGCUCUUCAGCUAUUAAUAGCAGAUAAUAGUGAUAAAGUAAAUUCAUCAGAGAGUAAGUAGAAAGACCACAAUGAUACUGAUCCGUCUUGUGAAUCGGAUAGUGUCAGUAAGAUUUCUUCUUUGAUACAACAUCCUUGUACGUACCAUACUUCGUGGAAAAGAUAAGCUCAAACGAUUAUCGUUAAGCCCAAGGUCACCAAGUCGAAAGGAACAUAGACGUUAGACCUGGAGCUACAAGCCACAAGCAUAUGUAAGAAUGAAUUAGAUAUCUUUAUGUUGCUUUUCGUCUUCCAUUACGGAUGAUAUGGUAAAUCUAUACCAAUGUUGAAAUUAUAAUAAAAUCUGUAUAUACAAGAAUAUAUUUGCUACUCAGAGAUCAUCAAUUGCUAUUAAGACUAGAGCUUAUAUUGGGAUUCUCACGUUAACUGAAGUUAUAGAGGUUAACCAUUUGCUAUCAAAGGAGAUAUUUGCUACUACUUCAAACUAGCCCGCACGAUUCUAUUACACAAAUUUUGACGUAGUAGGUCCAGCUUGACUCUUGAGAACAAAGAAAGAAAAGCUGCUGGUUGCGUAAUAUCACAGACAUGAGAAACAUUUGUGUCAUAUGGCCGCUAGCAAAGGGAAUUAUGACAAAAGUAGUUGCUACAAGUGCAUUACCAAACACAAACAUUAUGAGGCAUACCAAUGUCAAAAAAUUUAUAGUUUUUCACCAAGAUGUUAACUUUUCAUUGAUUCUAUGUAUGAAUAUAUACUUUUCGAUUUUUUCUCAAAGCAUUUUGAUUUAUUUGGAUGGGAUUCAUAAAAAAGCUGAUUAUGUUAUAAAUGAGUGAUUGAAUUGAUAAUAAGAUUACAUUUGUGUUGAUGAAUUAUUUUAAUUCGAGUGCAGUCGCGUUAUUUCGUGAUACGAAUUAACAUAAAAAAUUCAGAUUAUAAUUAUUUCUCUCUAGACUAUAUUUGAAGGCAAAAAUUUAUUGCAGUAGUUGAAUAAAUAUAUAAUUUAUUAGAAAAUAUAAAACAGACGAUCAAAAAAAUCAGAAUGUGAAAUUAUAUAAUGUGCUUUUAAAACUAAUAACAAAAAAAUAAAUCUUAUGUAAAUUUCGACAGUGUACCAAGCAGAAUACUGCUGAUUAAUAUGUUCAAACAAUUGACUUAUUGGAGUCAGAUUAUCAAUUUUUCUACUUCCUCCUCUGGCGAAAAAUUCAGCAGCAGUUCCAUCACUACUCCAAAAGUUAAACGUAUGUAAAUGAUGACUUCUGAGGACACCUGUAAAAAACACCAAUAAACGUAUUUAUUUUAACAUAAUCUGUGGAAAGAGGAUUCCGUUCGCAUAUAUGCAUCUUUUUUAGUUUUUGAUUUGCCAAUAAUUUCAUCGGUGCAAAAUAAUUUCCAGCAAUCCCAAAUUGUGGUGGCAAUUUCAGCAAUUGAUCAAACCAACUCUGUUAUAAUAUUUCCUUGUGCUGUUUUCAAUUUCAGCCCAUAUGAUCUACGUUUUAGCCAUUCUUACCAACCAUUAUUGUUACUCUACCAGCCAUAUUGGCAAAAUUCAAAAUUUCUAAUUUGACUGUUCACUAUCGGUAUUUUCAUUUACAUGAUUUGAAGGAGCUUCGUCAAAAUCACUAUCCCAAUCCACUGCUUCUUCACAACUAGAAAUUUCCUCAAACCAUUUUAGCUGCUCUGCCAUUUUAGAAUCCAUAUUCUCUAAAUAAAACCAUACGGAAAGAAGAUAUAUGGAAAUAAAACCCGAAUAGUAAUAACAUAACUUAUUUCACGAUACUUCGCGCUGGAGAAUUUGGUCGCGUUGUUAGAAUAUUUCUAACAAAAGAUAAUACGUUAAUGAUCGAGUAUUAGAUUUAAUCUAACCAAAAUCAGCACCUCACUGCGGACAACGCUGAACUGAAAGGCGUUGUACGUACUCAUGGUUAACACUGGACUUGAGACACUUAACUGCGGCAGAUCCAUAUUGCAAAAUUUUUGGAAGACAUUUUUAGGAUAAUCAUAAGCUGUUAAAUUUUUGCUAACAACGCCACCGCUCCAUGUUUAUUGUAAAAUGAUAUAAAAGAAAUUAUUACUUCAUUAAACUACUAAACAGCGUAGUCGGAACGACGAUGUUUAACAAUAAGCGUUGAAAAAUGAUAUUUGUGUUUUAGGGUUAAAAUGCUCUCUGGUUUUGUAGUGCAAUAUAUUAUUGGAUCCAUCCCUGUAUUGUAAUCAUUUUAUGUAAUUUAUAUGAAAAUCAUGUAUUUAAACAUCCUCUUUGUUUCGUAGUCUCUUUGAUCUGUUAAUGAAACAUCCAACUAAUACAUAUUCAAAGCUCAUGAAAAAUUCAAUUACAAAAAAAGAUUCACAAAUUUUGAUAUACGAUGACUUAACAUCAAAUGUACUUUGAUUACCAAAAGCUUUGUGUAAUAAUAAUAACAAUAAUACAUAGAUUAACAAUUUGAACAGUUGGUAUUUCCUUUUGUUUCGAAUGCUAAAUGAUUUUUUAUUGAGGUCGAUAAAUCAGGUGGUUUAGAAAAAAAAUGGGGUUAAGGAAAAUUUUUCAAAGGAAUACUAAAGCAGAGAGAUAUUCCUUUGUACUGAAAAUAUGAUUUACGUAUAAUGACUUCUAGCAUUUCCAUGUUCAUAACGACUAUCAAAGAGAAAAUAUAUUUUCUUAUAUUCUUUGGUGAACAGUAUUUCUUAUAACAUAGAAUAGAAACGUGUCAAGUUAUUGAUCCAUAUUUAAUAAGAAAAAUUUUGUGUCCUUAUGCUAGUUACUUGUGUAAUUUUCACAGUGAUUCAAUCAAGAAAAACUGAAGAUUUGAUUUCGUACUUCAAAAUUUCGCAAUUUUGUAUAUAUCUACAUCCUUGAAUGUUUAAAACAAUCAUACUUACUACUAGUCGUCAUCCUUUUGAAGGCAAAUAAUGUUAAUGUUCCUUUUCUAUGCGUAUGUUCACUUUCAACUUAACUGAUUAAAGACGCUUCACAUGGUGCAUGCAAUUUCAUGCAGGGUCAAAAUAUUGCAUAGAUGAAUAUUGCAUCCUGCUUAAUAUUCUGCAACUCUCUUUUCAUUGCUUUAUGGCUUCCACUAACAUAAUUUCUAUCAGUAAAAGAAAACUAUGUAAGUAACGAAGUGAAUAAGUCAUCAGUGAAUCGCUGUCAACAAUUAUACAGCUACUGUGUUAUUUUUGGAGCCUGAUAGACAGGUUGGUUGUUAAGCCAAAAGAUUUCUCACUAAAAUUGCAACUAGCACACAAUAAAAAUGACACCAAACCGAUAAUAAAAGUGUGAGAUCUUGCAUAAAUUAUUCAACAGCUGAACUUCAUCUGCGUAUGUUUUUAAUCAAGAAAUAUUGCGCCUUUCAUUACAUGUUGUAUUGCAUCAUGUCCAGCGGCAUUUAGCUGAACUUCAUCUGCGUAUGCUUUUGAUCAAGAAAUAAUACGUCUUGCAUUGCUUUGCACAUUGUCUUGCAUCAUGUCAAGCGACCUUAACUAUAUUAUUCAAUGUGCUUCAGAUUAAGUUACAUUCUAUAUCAUAAUUACAAAUAUUUAAUUUUCAAUAUGAAAGUGGAUACCUUUGAUUUCAUAACGCAAAGGACAUAAAACUUGAUCGUAUAAUUUUUAUCAUAGUUAUAAGAAGAGAGAAUUAAUGUAUACAUAGAAUAUGUUAUAGUGUAAUUGAUUGCAUACCGUUUUGAAAUAUUCAAAUUUGAUACUCCAAUUUGGGUCUUUGUGUGUAAUAAUUGAUGUUUUAGUUCUCCAAUUUACAAUUGCAAAAGUUCAUAAGCUGCAUCGUUGUUGUUAUUCAUAUCAUAAAUUUUAUUAUAAUAUUGAAAUGUUUUCAAUAAAUUGGAAAAUAAGCUAUAGACGACAAAGUUAAUAUUAUAGUCUAACAUGACAACCUGACUAAUGCAUCGAGAAGCAUUUACGCACAUCCGCGAUUUGUUAUAUCUUGAUUGAAUAGGAAUUUAAAUUAAUGACAAUCAGUAUGAAAAAUAAGAUGAACUCCAAAAAAUGAUUUCAAUUUCUUAUAGCAAAAUGUGAGAAUAGUUAGCCUAACUUAGAAAUUAUAUUUAAAUAAUCUUAUCCACAGAUUUAGAAUUGUCGUUUAUUCAAGAAUAAAUCUUAUAGAACUUACAAAUUAUGAACAAAUAAAAUUAUUCCACCAAUGGUAUUUUACCAUCUCAGUAGUGUGCUGCUAGUGUGCUUUACCAUUUUAUUUACUGAGAAAAGGUAUUUUAGCAAAAAAGUCAUUUCGUUUUGCACAUAAAAACACUACAUUUGUCACAAAAAUCAACAAACGAGCAUUUGAAACAACCUACAACGUCAGGUUUUGUGAUUCGUCAAUACACCUCCCUAUAACCAGUGAAAUAUUUGUUACCGUCGUCCAUAUAUCAGUGAUUUUGAAUCCUCAUCCAAAGUUGGAAGCUUAGUUGGGUUUUCAUUAGAACAUUUUUGAUUUCAUCAAUGCUGUUAUUUCAUUUUCAACGGACUUUCCUUUCUCUGAUUUUUUGCGGCCUUUUUGUCUUUAUUUUCAACUGUCAUCUGUGUGAUUAAUAUUUCUAUUGCUUGCUCUUUCCUCGAAUGGAAUCAUCGUUAGUACAAGCAAUCGGAACAGGCGAUAUAAUAUCUGGUGUAUUUUAAGGGGCACAUUUCAUCGAACUAGUUCCGUUUGCUUCUGAGGCGCAGGUUAGUUGGAUUUUUGGUACAAUUUCACUCACAGAUCUUCAACAAUAGCAAGGUUGUUGAUUUUCAUCAGCUGAAACUUCAGAACUACCGGCAGCAUUCAAUUCUUAAACGAAAAAGUGAUGGUAGAAUCGAAGUUUUCUUGAAAUUAAAUCAAUAAUCAGAGUAUUUUUUUAGAAAACCAGUAUUAGCAGCUAUUAUUUGGAUGAUGUUGUACAUAGAUGAAAUCCAAUUUUUUAAAAAAUUCUCAUCAAGUUUAUUUAUAACAUAGCUCAAUACUAGACUAUACAGGGAGUCCCCCGACGAGUUGAAACUAUCUGUAUAUAGCAAAAUACUUAUAGUAAAAUAAUGAAAAUUUCUACGUUUCUACAUUUAAUAUCUGGAUAACGGUGAGGUUUAGGUAUAGGAAAGUAUACACGAAUUUGCCUUACGUUUUACACCUGAAUGCAUCAAAAUAGAAAAAACGGGGUGGUUCUAUUUGAAAAAAUGAGAAAUUUCAUAUUUUUGAAGUUUGAAUACUUUGUAUACACACCUUGUAUAAAAUAAAAAAUUUUUUAACGUAGAUUCAAAUAUUUCUAACCUCGGUCAGAUUUUUCACAAGAAAAUUAAUAACUCAAAAAGUAUGUAUUUUUCGGAAAUUAUAUUAAAAUUUUACGUAGAUUUCAAAAAUGUAUCAAUAUACAGUGUGUUCUAUUAAAAAUAACAGAGUUACAGUCGAUUUCCGGUAGAACCGGAAGUUGGCCAUCUCUGAAAAUACUUCAGUUAUAAAGACCGUAUAUGAAAACCCAUACGUAGGAAUUUUCAUGAUUUUACUAUAAGUAUUUUAACAUAAAUAUAUAGUUUUAACUCAUAGUGGGACACCCCGUAUACUAACGGAACCCUUUCUGUAGCCUGUCCUAUUUUCGAUUUAAAACAAAGGAACAUAAAAUCUUUAUCUGAGAGCUAGGAGAACGUAAAUAAACAAAUUCACAGAAAACUCGAAUACCCUUCAAACUCACUUUUCGAAACUCAUAACAAACAGGACUGUGGACAGUUGUCUUUUCAAAUAUAGUCUCAUUUAUAUGGUCUUUGAUGACCACAAUUAUGAAAAAUACGAUUUCUUCCGAAAAUUGAAGAAAAUUGGCCUUCGUUAUGAUAAUUCAACAUUUGUACUUAAUAAUGAAUGAUAUCUUUUACAUACUUAAUAAUAAUUGAUAAUAUCUCAAAACAGCACAUUUUCUUUAAAAAAAUUUUUACUGAGCUUUUAAUUCUUAUAAAUGUAACUGGAGAAAGUUUCCUACAAAGGAAAAGAAUGUUCAUUAUCGCGUCCAAAACUGAUACCCAUUGAAGUAGUGGUUUGAUUUCUAUUUUUUAUUUAUUCCUAAUCCGAAAGUCGGCAUGGAAAUGAGUUCGUUUCUUCGUGGUGUACUGUUGAUAUUCAACUAUCGGAAAUCUUCAAAAUAGUAUUUGUAGAACUGCACUAGAAUGCUUUCUUUCCGCAGCUAAGCCACACCGUUAUUGAUAUUAUCGGUGUUGAAAUGAAGAGUGAUUUACUAGUUUUGGUAACGACGAAUUAAUUUUUCUGUCUACAGUUAGCUAUAUAGCUGUAUAGUUAGCCAAUCGUUGGAUGUGAUAACUAAGAAAGACAUCUGGCUCUUUUUUUGCUCUCUUUUUGAUGUUGUCCGUCGACUUUGAUAUAUUUAUGGCUGAUGAAGAAAUAUUUGUGGAGUUUUAAGUUUUCAUAGAAGCCAUCGAUACCGUAUUCAUGUAUUCCAUUUUUAUCCAAUGCAGUUAUCAAACCAUUCAGUUAGCUUAUUGGUUGCACUUCUUAUUAACUCCCGAAUAUUUUAUAGUAUUUAUCAUGGAUUCAUGUGAAGUUAAAGUCUGGAGCUUCCGAAGAUAGAAACUCUGUAAGUUUGUCAGGUUGGGUGGUAACUGGAGUCACUUUUUUAGACUCUACCUAAUAAAACUCUCAUAAACAUUACUUUAUUCUAGAAACUAGUAUUUAGAGAAUGCAUGUCGUUCUAACUUGAUAUAUUUGAAACGACAAUGAAAAAUGUCAGUAAGAAACCCAAUUUAAUGAAACUUGGUAUCAUGGCCCUCUAGCUCUAGUACAAAAAGUAAUUACGCUAUUAAAAGAAUAAAAAAAUUCUACAUCUUCCAAUUUGAGAGGUUGUUUAUUAGAAAACUUGAAUACUUGUAUUGCUUUAUGUAUUGCUUUAUGAUAUUGAAUAUCAAACAUUUUUCACACCAAUAAAAUUUAUAUACUAUCGGUUCCUCUGGAUGUAGACGAUAAGUGAACGUUGUUUUUCGACUGGUUAAUUUGCAUAUACCGGAAAAAGUUUUUGAAUGCUUCGUAUUUAAGUAACUUCUGCAAUUGUAAAUGGAUAACUACAUCUACAAUAUAAUGUGAAGUAUCGAAUCAUCUGACUCAGAAAUAUGUUUACAAAGAUAUUGUAAUAGUCCUUGAACACCGAACCUUUAUCACCAAUAUCACUUUUGACCAUUAUCAUCACUGUACCUGGUUUUUUGGACAUAUCAUAUUUUUGCUGCUUGUUUUGAACUUUUUUUUUGAUUUUACGAUAAAUGUUUAUCAACUAUUAACUAUAAUAGAAGAAUUAAUAGAAGAAAAACAUAGCUUGAAAAACUCAAGAGACGGAUGAAAUGAUUCGAUAUACAACAAAAUUAUGGUUGGCCGAAAAAACCUUUUUUAUUGCGAAGGUGAAAUAGUACAUAUCAAAAAAGAAGAAAUGGAGAAUAAUGAGAUUUGGUUGCUAUUUUCUUAUCGCGUAUAGGCACUAAAGAGUGUGAAUUUUGCGAUUUUUGAAUCAAACGCUUUCUUUUCUAUCAGUUGAUAUUAUCAUUGUCCAUGAAAGUAUAACCAAAACAUUGAAAUUUUCAUUAUAUUACAACUUCAUAACAUAAUCAAUUCAUCCCAAUUUUUAUAUGAUCUCACCAUUUUUCAGUUUGUUAUAUUUCCAUUAAAGUGGAACUUCUAUGAUUUUGUGGCCAGAUACUUUGGGAUAUAUUUUUCAACGUCCUUGUCUUUGUCCAUCUUGUUUCUCUAACGAAUUUUUACCGAAACAAAUGACAGUCAGAUGGUACAAUAUCAAGGUUAUGUUGUGGGUACAAUAAAUUUUCCUAGCCAAAUUUAGUCAAUACUUACCAUUGUCUUAGUGUGAGACAAGAUCCGUUUUAUUGACCAACUACAGGAUUUGCUCCUGUAAUCUGGUUAAUUGUUGACAAUAUAGUACUAAAUCAACUAUUGUACUAAGCUGCAGAAUUUUAUAGUAUAUAAUUUCCUUCCAUUCGCACCACAUAAACAGAGGAUAAUUAUUAUCGCUGGCUUCUAAAUUUUUCUCACUACACCAUGCUUCUCUUGAGAAAUGGCCACAUUACAAUGAAUUUGACAAAUUAUCACAGAUUUCGUCAUAGUUUAUUGAAUUUUGUGCAGUCAAUGAAUUAAUAUAUACAGCUUUUUUAACUGAUCAUAAACUCUUUAGUGAUAGUAUGCAAUCACAAAAUAUCACCGACUUCUUCAGUGAGAGGCUGCCCGGAGUGAAACAAAUCUUCCACGAUCAAAUUUCCACCAAGGAAACGUUGGAGCUAGUUACGCACAAGCCAUUAACUACAACCUCUUCACUCUAAACAGCAAACAACCAAUUUCCUAAGUAUUUGUGUUGAGUUAGAGCCUUUUUGAGGGUAAACACCCUUAUUUAGAACAACUUUUUGAAUGAAGCUUUGUUUAUUGUCCUGCGAAUUUGCCUCCUACAAGAUUUAAUAUCAUGAGAUUUUUCUAUCUGUAACUGAAGAGAUGCUUUUUCAUAAAAACUGUUAGCUUUUGUACUGGUAACAUGCUUAUAACUAUAUCGUUUAUAUUACUGAUUUCCAGUCCCACCUCUUGAAGAACAAUUACCAAUGAUUAUUCACCCAUAGAUUUGUUUUAUGGAAAUAUUUAGGAGUAUCUAAAUAAAUGUCGAUAGACAAAACAAGGGAGGAAGUCAGGUGUAGUCCUGGGAAUGUGGAGAUAUCAACUGAUUUUGAAAUGUAACCAACACAACAAUAAAGCUCAUUGGUAGUUGUAUAUUGAGCAGUAUAUAAAAUCAUGUAAUAAUGGAACAGUCCAUGAGAGAAUCAUAUUUCACUGUAACUGAAUCUUUAAAUAGGAUUUUCUUUCACUUGGUACAUUGGAUUGAUUUCAACCUUUAUAUACAUGUGAAAAACCAAUGACAACACAUUAUUUCGAUUAUUUUUCAAAGCUUUUCCAUAUAUUCCCAGUUUUUUCAUCUUUGCUACUAUAACUUUGAAGUAAAAUAAUUAUUUCGGCCUGGCCUCUUACCUAUAGGUCGCUUGACAUGAUGUCAUACAACAUGCAAUGCAAUGCAAGAUGCAAAUUCCCGCAUUUGCAACAUUAUCGAUUUGAGGCCGCUUCACAUGAGGCAAGACAACGUGCAAACAAUUGCAUGCAAUUUCUUGAAAGAGCAGAAUAUUGCAUAGGCGAAUAUUACACGCUGUUCAACAUUAAGCGUGUCUCUUACUACUGCAUCUUAGUAGCCACUAAUCAAAAUUCCAUAAGAAGAAGAGAACAAUUUCUUAACCUCAAACUUUAUUUCAUAUUUUGUGGUCAGUUUAUAGGCUUCUGCCUUGCUUUUGGAGUCUGAUGGGUAGAAAAGAGCACCUAGACGAUGGUGGACCAAGCCCAGAUAGAAUGAGGAAAACAUAAAUUUAUCUAUAGAAUUCAAUUAGCUGAAUUUUAUCAACGUAUACUUUUCAUCAGGAAAUAUUGCGUCUUGCAUUGCAAUUGCACGUUGUCUUGCAUCAUCUAAAGCAACCUUUAGUGUCAUUUUUAUUGCGUGCAAGCUGCAAUUCUGUUCAUCACGCUCCAAAAGCGAGGUAGCAGCAGAUAUAAUUAUUGACAGCAAAUCACUGACCACUUUUUUCUUGUUGUGUUACUUAGCUCUGUUAUUUUAAACCGGCCGCAGAAUAUUAAAUAAAAUUUGACGUUGGGAAUUUGUUCAAUAUACCAAGGCCAAUUGCGUACAAUGUCUUGCAAUAUCAAAAUAUUGCACAGACGAAUAUUGCACUUCGCUUGACAUUAUGCAAGUCUGUUGCCAUCACGUCAUGGCUGCCCCUAAUCAAAAUUCCAUAAGUAAAUAUAAACAAUUAUCAAAUCUCAAAGUUUAUUCAAUAUUUUGUGAACGGUUAAAAAAUGAGAAUAACAAUACUAGGUAUAGUGGAUAAGAAAAAUUGCAUCACUCGCUAUAUUUACAUCAACUGCUUUGCUUUUUUAGUCUUAUUGACAGAAAAGAGCAUCUAGGCAAUGGUGAAACAAGCUCUGGAAUUAGAUGAGAAUACAAGCAAAAA